GGAAGCGAGGUUCGCGGCGGCGAUUUUCCCUUCUUUAAGAUCUUGAUGGAUAAAAUAAAGCAGACAUAAUUCAUCACUAGAAAGAUUAAUUAUACGCUGGCAUUUGAAAUGCUUUGUAUUUAGAAUAACAGUAAAAAUGGAAAAAGGGAAAGUAAAUGAUGAUGGAAAACCAGAUACAGAAAAUUCCUUGGACUUUUCUGAACACUUUAACCAACUUGAAUUGUUGGAAACGCAUGGACACCUUAUUCCCACUGGUACCCAAAGUCUCUGGGUAGGGAAUUCUGACGAAGAUGAGGAGCAAGAUGAAAAAACUGAAGAGUGGUAUCAAUUGCAAGAAAAAAAAAUGGAAAAAGAUCCAAGCAAAUUGCUUCUUUGGGCUGCUGAAAGAAAUCGGCUUACUACGGUGCGGAGACUACUUUCUGAAAAGUCCACUCACGUGAACACUAGAGAUGAAGAUGAGUAUACCCCUCUUCAUCGAGCAGCCUACAGUGGACACUUAGAUGUUGUGCGUGAGCUGAUCGCACAAGGGGCAGAUGUCCACGCGGUGACUGUGGAUGGCUGGACACCCCUGCACAGUGCUUGUAAGUGGAAUAAUACCAGAGUAGCUUCUUUCUUACUCCAGCAUGACGCAGAUAUUAACGCCCAAACAAAAGGCCUCUUGACCCCCUUACAUCUUGCUGCCGGGAACAGAGAUAGCAAAGAUACCCUAGAACUCCUCCUGAUGAACCGCUACAUCAAACCAGGUCUGAAAAACAACUUGGAAGAGACCGCAUUUGAUAUCGCCCGGAGGACAAGCGUCUAUCACUACCUCUUUGAAAUUGUGGAAGGCUGCACAAAUUCUUCACCUCAGUCAUAACGGUUCUAAUAAUUUUCCAAGUACCAGUGCCUCCUUUGUGUGAGAUAUGAAAUAUCCCCAUGAUACAGAAUUGACAUCAAAAAGUUUCACUGCAGACAUUCAGUGGUACACAUUCGAAUGCCCUUCCGAGUGAAAAUGCCUACCGUUGAUGUCAAAAUGUGUUUGAAAGUUGUUUGGAUGUGUCUUUACUGAUUUAUGUGGAGUUUGUAAUUUUUAUCAGAAAUAAUUUUAACUUCUACUUAAAAACUUGUAACGGGUUGUACAGA